AAUUGGUUCUCUCGCUGCGCUGACUUCGUGAGCGGCUGUCAUCGCGGAGAUUUUGACAGUUUUAUGUAUUGAGGUUAUUGUGUGUUGAGUUGUGGUUAUACAUUUUUAAAAAUUCAAAAUAACACGCGCACGCGAAACCGCGCAUCUGUGGCGUCUAGUAAAAAUUUAAAAAAUAUAAAAGACAUGAAAGACGGGAUGUAGUGUUCGCAAUUGCGAUCAACAUAGAAUGAGACAAGAGCCGAGUGCAGAACCCGUUCGCGGCACAUAUUUUCAUUACGGAGGAACGAACAUUUAAUAACGAAAUGGACGCGAAACAACAGACUGAAAAGAUGCAACAAUACCAAGUGUUAUCGAUAUGAAUAAAAAAAAAGUCAAUAAGGGGAAAGAAGUGCAAAAAGGAUGACGAGUGGAAUUUUUACCGAGGAAUAUUGAUGAUACUUAUUUCAAAAAUUGAUGCAGCCCAAGAUGACCGUCUUGUGUACGCUACUGACGUUCGUAGUCGUCGUCGCAGUUUCGAGUCUCACAGCCGACGCAAUACCGCAUAGCCAAAGUUAUUGGGAUCCGCAGGCUGAUAUAGACCAAGACGAGUUCAUAGAGAUACUCUCUCGCCUUAGUCGCGCUGUGAUGAACCGCCCUGAGAUGGAAAACGCCAAACGAGGAAUGGAUCUGGGUGUCAAUCGUGGCUUCAGCGGUUCUCAGGCGGCGAAACACCUGAUGGGGCUCGCGGCGGCGAAUUUCGCCGGCGGUCCCGGACGAAGGCGUCGCUCGGAACAGGCGUAGAUCGCGGACACGAUCGCUGAUGCAGAGAGAUUACUACACAACUCGUAAUAACGUCUCACCACACACACCCCUCCCCCCCUGCCCCGACUCCGAACCUUCCGACACACUUUGCCUCUACCUCGAGCUUGAACCACCGAUCUCAGAAUCGUCGUCCGUUGCCAGUGGCGUAACUAAGUGCACUCGAGCGCGCUUAAUUAACCCUUCUUCUUAAAUAAUAUCUGUAGAGCGCGUAUAGACCACAUACGCUUCCUCCAGAGCGCAGAUAUAGUAUAAGUUCCCUAUUAAGAACUUAUCAAUCAAAAAUUACGAUUAUAGAUACGAUUACAGUUAAUCGAUGUUGAUAAAUUUGAUCGAUUUUACAUUUCCCCAGUUUUUAGUCCUCGCACUUAGGAGCUUCGCACACCCUCCCCUCCUCCUCCUCCCCUCUUCUAGUUGCACCACUGGCAGUUUGCAGCAGCAUCGCUAAAUUGCUCUUCCUUUUGUGUCGUUUCUAUAAAAGCGGUUGUGAUAAAAUAUUGCUCCGAAAACGCUGGCGAAAAUGCUUUCAUUUAAAAUGAAUUCGAAGUAAGUGUAGCCUGUACAUUUAUGGUGAACACAAGUAGCGUGGAUUAAAUAGAUUAUUUAUUUGUGUUCUACAUUGAUUCAAGUAGGGUAUACAGUUCGAUUAAUUAUUUGAGAAUUGAUUAAUAAUAAAUGACAAGGGUAUUUUCUAAAAGUCUUGCAUAGACUAAUUUAGGUCACAGAUUUUCCGUUCUUCACUUACAUCGAGAUCUUGUAUAAUAAUUUUACAACCCUGAUUUUAUGGGACAAACCACUCGACUUGCUUUUACUUAAAUUAUUCCUUCCUCCUUUCAAUCGACGAGGGAAAACUCGAGGGCGCCGUAAAGGUAUUCUCGCCAGGUAUCGUUAUUGCAUUUUGUUCCAUCGCCAUAUUUAUUUGUUACGCGUGAGCCGCGUACCGGAUUAGCAACAUUUAUUCGUGCCGCAAGAUGGAUGAAGUGGAGUAGACGUCAGCAUUUCGCUGAUCCAGCAAGAGGGCUCCUACGAGUCGCGCCUCCGCGAAUCGAUGACGCUCCGCAUUUCCGGGAUUGCAUUUAUUCCAGUCAUUACUAUCUGCAAUUGAAAUCGUAUACCGCCGACGAGUAUUUUCUCUCUCUCUCUUUCUUUCUCCCCCGGAUCGAGCAGCGCGCGCGCCAGAGAGAAUUUUCCCUUAAUCCUUUACGCGCGCGGAAUAAUUUUUCCCCCGCACAGCAUAGCUUCCGUAAACGCCCAGCUUCGUUAAACUUUCAUACCAAACGACGUAUUGUACGAACGCACCGCGCACCCCUUCGUCUCUCUUUCUCUUUCUCUCCUCCCUUCUUCGAUAUUCUAGCGACUCUUGUAAAGAAAAAAAAAAAGAAGACUCGUCGUACUUACUAUGAUAAUCGUAAUAUCGAUGUUGCGUUUGUUAGGUCAGGCGUUCUCAAACCUCGUUUUAGCGCCGACGCUAAAGGCAAAUAUAUCCGCGUUGCGGUGCAAAUUUCUCACCAGCAAAACCUGAUUUUUCGGUCGGUCGGCUCAGAGUUACGUGCAGAAGGAACUUGUCGCGUUGGUAGCUUCGGACGAUCGUAUAUAUAUAUUUUUUUUUUCAUUUUAUGCGCAUCGAGCGUUUUACGGGGCACUUCGACGUGUGUCGGGCGAAACGAUUUUGAGGACCCUGCUACCUUAGGUCACUUUGUUUUACUAGCUCCAACGUCUGUCAACAUCUUAGCGUCUUAUGUAACACGCAACGUGCACCGGAUGCACAUACGCGCUUGCAUAAAACAAGAUCGUGUAAAAGUGCGACGUAGAGGUAGUAAAACUUCGUCCCCCUCUUUCGUGUUAUAGACUACCUUAGAUUUAGUCCGUAGGUCAGGGAUGCGCAAAGGGAAAAUGUCCGAUUAUAUUUUAAAUUACAGAAAAAAAAAAUGAAGAGGAAAAAGAGCUGCUCGAUGCUUUUUCGAUAUUCCGGCAUAUUAUUAUUGUACAUCGCAAAUCAUAUCGAGGAAACAACAAAUGUCGAACGUGUUACGUGUGACUCUCUGCAUUUAAUUGAUCUGGCUGAAAUCAAUCAAAUUUUCAAAUGAAUUACUCGAAAUAUUAAAAAUCCUUUGCUGUAGCGGGAUAUUUUUCAAUUAUGCAUUAACAGAUUGCAGAUUAUUGCAAACGCUGCGAACAAUUCAAUUAGCAACGAAAUUUAAAUUAAAAUUUUCAUUUAAACCAAAUGCGAUCCGCUGUGACAUUUGGCUUGUGCAUUCCUGUCAACAGGUGGUAACCAAAGCGCACAGUAAGGUAUCGAUAACGGUUCCGUUAAUCGCUUACUCGAUGAUAAUACGCGAUAUAAUUGGGAAGGCUUGGAGCAACCGCUCAAUAAGCCAGGUAAAUUGCGCGAUAUCCCCAAAUUAUACUUCUUCGCAAGAUUAACAAUAUAAAAUUAUCCGUGUACUGUCUUUACAAAAAAAAAAAACAGAGCAAUGUUCGAUAUAAAGAUAAUUAUAAUACUCCAAGAUCUUAUCUCGAUUAUCUUUCGAUUUCUCAAGAAUCAACGUGUAUAUCGUUAAAAUAAUCUACAGAGAUAAUGCUAAUUAAGCGGCUGUUAAUCAAUACAGCUGCAAAAGUGGAUCGUAACGUUUGUCGUAAAUAGAAUAUAUUUCUAUAACUAUUUCGCAACACAAUAAUUCCUGUACUACUCCAAUACUUGACGUAACGUAUGAUACGUCUCGUAUGUUUCGAUCGACGUGUUGCGCGGAUCUCGUUUCGCGAGUAAAUUACCUACCAUUUCGGAAAUAAAUGUGUGCCCACGGACGAAGCGAUUUGUUCGCUUAAUCGCGAAAUCCCGUUUGGUUAUCACCGACACCCAAAGCGAAUUAAGCGCGUGAAGUCGACCUGCGUUACAUUUCUGUGUAUUAUAAAGAGAUUUAUUGCGCCUCUAGUAAAAACUGAUCGUAUAAAUAAAAGUUACUUUAACCCAGC